GUCAAUGGUCGAGCGUCGAGCUGAGCUUCUGAAGAAACGUCUCCUCAAAGACCAAGACUUGUUUUCCAAGUACAAUGCAACCAUGAAUGAAUACGUUGAAGAGGGCCAUGCAGAGAGAGGCCCUGACUUAACUAAUCGUAUUGUAGGAGUGUUGAGCCGUUUUCGCCAAGAGACUGUCGGCCUUGUAGCCGAUAUACAAUCAAUGUUUCAUCAAGUAAGAGUGGAACCCAGAGACUCUGAUGCAUUAAGAUUUUUGUGGUGGGAGGGAGGAGAGCUAUCAGCAGAGUUAGUGGAGUACCGAAUGGUGAAACACAUAUUUGGAGCGACUUCGUUGCCAAGUGUCAUGAACUUUUGUUUGAAGAAAACUGCAGAGAUGGACGGAGGGCAGAAUUCAGAAGUUGCAAGUGUCAUCAACAGUAACAUGUAUGUCGAUGACCUCAUGAAGUCAACUGAAACAGUGACAGACGCAAUUGUGCUGGCAAACAAAGUUCGUGAGCAGCUCAGCAAAGGUGGUUUUCAUCUAACAAAAUGGUGCAGUAAUGACAGGAGAGUCAUAGCUGCUAUUCCAGAAUCAGAGAGACCUAAGACAGUUGUGAACUUGGAGCUUGAACAACUUCCAACCCAAAGUGCCUUAGGAAUGAAGUGGGACAUUGAAGAUGACAAAUUUGUGUGGGAGGUCUCAGACAAACUUAUGAGUGCGUCUUCCAAGAAACCAGUGACAAGACGUGGCAUAGUGUCUGUUGUGUAUUCUUUAUUUGAUCCACUUGGGUUCAUUGCACCAUACAUCAUGAAG